UAUGCUUUAAGUGAAAGUUUACAAUUCAAGUCAGGUUCUCAUACAAAAAUGUAUACACACAUUGUUAUGUGACCCUAGUUGCUCUCCCUACAAUGUGACGGCACGCUCCUUCUCUCCACCUGUAUUUUCUGUGUCCGUUCAACCAGCUCCUGUGUCUCUCUGCCUUCUCAUCUCGCCUCGAGACAGGAGCUGCCCACAUAGUCUCAUGUGUCUACACUCUUCGCCAGUAUCAUUUUAUGUCAUAGUCCAGUCUAAUCUUUAUCUUAAGAGUUGGCUUUGAGAAUGCUUUUAGUUUGGGGCUAACAGAGAGUCCGGGGACCAUGACCUCUGGGGCUUCUCCAGUCUCAGUCAGACCAUUAAGUCUUUUACUAGAAUUUGAAGUUUGCAUGCCACUGUUCUCCUGCUCCAUCAGGGAUUCUCGGUUGUGUUCCCUGUCAGGCCAGUUUGGUGGUAGCUGGGUACCAUCUGGUUCUUCCAGUUUCAGGCUGAUGGAGUCUCUGGUUUAUGUGGCCCUUUCUGUCUCCUAGGCUCAUAUUUUCCUUGUGUCUUUGGUGUUCUUCAUUCUCCUUUACUCCAGGUGGGUUGAGACCAAUUGAUAGCUUUUAAGACCCCAGACGCCACCCACCAAAGUGGGAUACAGAACGAUUUCUUAAUAUACUUUAUUAUGCCAGUUGACCUAGAUGUCCCCUGAAACCAUGGUCCCCAGACUCCUGCCCCUGCUCCCCUGUCCUCCGAAGUGUUUGGUUGUAUUCAGGAAAUUUCUUAGCUUUUGAUUUAAUCCAGUUGUGCUGACUUCCCCAGUAUUGUGUGUUGUCCUUCCCUUCACCUAAAACAAUUCUUGUCUACUGUCUAAUUAGUGAAUACCUCCUCUCCCUCCCUCCCCACCCUCAUAACCAUGAAAGAAUGUUUUCUUCUGUGUUGAGACCUUUUCUUGAGUUCUUAUAUUAGUAGUCUCAUGCAAUGUUUGUCCUUUUGCAACUGACUAAUUUCACUGAGCAUAAUGCCUUCCAGAUUCCUCCAUGUUUUACGGAUUCAUUGUUCUUUUAUCGUUGCAUAGUGUUCCAUUGUGUGAAUGUAUCAUAAUUUGUUUAUCCAUUCAUCUGUUGAUGGGCACCUUGGUUGUUUCCAUCUUUUUGCUAUUGUAAACAGUACUGCAGUGAACAUGGGUGUGCAUAGGUAUAUUUGUGUGAGGGCUCUUUCUUCUGUAGGAUAUAUUCUACGGAGUGGGAUAAUGGAUCGUAUGGUAGUUCUUUUGCUUUUUAAGGAAGCACCAUAUCGAUUUCCAAAGUGGUUGUACCAUUUUACACUUCCACCAGCAGUGUAGAAGUGUUCCAGUCUCUCUACAACCUCUCCAACAUUGAUUUUUUUGUGUUUUUUGAGUUAAUGUCAGCCUUGUUGAGGUGAGAUGGUAUCUCAUUGUAGUUUUGAUUUGGGUUUCUCUAAUGGCUAAUGAUCAUGUGUCUCUUAGCUUCCUGAAUGUCUUCUUUGGUGAAGUGUCUGUUCAUAUCCUUUGCCCAUUUUUUUAAAUUGGGUUGUCUUUUGGUUGUUGAGGUUUUGCAAUAUCUUACAGAUUUUAGAGAUUAGAUGCUGAUGGGAUUUGUCGUAGCCAAAAAUUUUUUCCCACUCUGUAGGCGGGUUUUUUUACUCUUUUGGUGAAGUCUUUGGAUGAGCAUAAGUGUUUGAUUUUUAGGAGCUCCCAGUUAUCUAGUUUCUCUUCUGGUGUUUCAGCAUUGUUAGUAAUGCUUUGUAUAUUGUUUAUGCCAUGUAUUAGGGCUUCUAGUGUUGUGCCUGUUUUUUUCUUCCAUGAUCUCUGUUGUUUUAGAGUUUAUAUUUAGGUCUUUGAUCCAUUUGGAAUUAGUUUUUGUGCAUGGCAUGAGGUAUGGGUCUUGUUUCAUUUUUUUGCAGAUGGAUAUCCAUUUAUGCCAGCACCAUUUGUUAAAGAGACUGUCUUUUCCCCAUUUAACAGACUUUGGGGCUUUGUGGAAUAUCAGCUGUUCCUAGGUGAAUGAAUUUAUGUCUGGACUCUCAGUUCUGUUCCAUUGGUCUAUGUAUCUGUUGUUGUACCAGUACCAGGCUUUUUUGACUACUGUGGUGGUAUGAUAUGUUCUAAGAUCAGGUAGUGUGAGUCCUCCUCCUUUGUUCUUCUUUUUCAGUAAUGCUUUACUUAUCCAGGGCCUCUUCCCUUUCCAUAUGAAGUUGGUGAUUUGUUUCUCCAUCUCAUUAGAAAAUGCCAUUGGAAUUUGGAUCAGGAUUGCAUUGUAUCUUUAGAUCACUUUGGGUAGAAUAGACAUUUUUGCAGUAUUGAGUCUUCUAUCCAUGAGCAAGGUAUGUUUUCCCACUUAUGUUUUCCCCUUUUUGGUUUCUUGCAGUAGUGUCUUGUAGUUUUCUUUGUAUAGAUCUUUUAUGUCUCUGAUUAGAUCUAUUCCUAAGUAUUUUAUCUUCUAGGGGGCCAUUGUGAAUGGUGUUGAUUUGGUGAUUUCCUCUUUGAUGUUCUCUUUGUUGGUGUAGGGGAAUCCAACUGAUUUUUGUAUGUUUAGCUUGUAUCCUGAUAAUUUGCUGAAAUCUUCUAUUAGUUCCAGUAGUUUUCUUUAGGGCUUUCUGUGUAUAAGAUCAUAUCAUCUGCAAAUAGAGAUACUUUUACUUCUUCCUUACCAGUUUGGAUGCCCUUUAUUUCACUUUCUAGCUGAAUUGCUCUGGCUAGGACGUCUAGCACAAUGUUGAAUAAGAGUGGUUAUAAGAGGAAUCCUUGUCUGGUUCCCGUUCUCAAGGGCAGUGCUUUCAGACUCUCUCCAUUUAGGAUAAUGUUGGCUGUUGGCUUCGUGUAAAUGUCCUUUAUUAUACUGAGGAGUUUCCCUUCUCUUCCUAUUUUGCUGAGAGUUUUUAUCAUGAAUGGGUGUUGGACUUUGUCAAAUGCCUUUUCUGCAUCAAUUGAUAAGAUCAUGUGCUUCUUGUCUUUUGUUUUAUUUAUGAGAUGGAUUACAUUAAUUGUUUUUCUAAUGUUGAACCAUCCCUGCAUACCAGGUAUGAAUCCCACUUGGUCAUGGUGAAUUAUUUUUUUGAUAUGUUGUUGAAUUCUGUUGGCUAGAAUUUUGUUGAGGAUUUUUGUGUCUAUGUUCAUGAGGGAUAUUGGUUUGUAAUUUUCUUUUUUUGUGGUGUUUUCACCUGGUUUUGGUAUCAGGGAUAUGCUGGCUUCAUAGAAUGAGUUUGGAGUGAUCUGAAAUACCUUCAUUAAUAGUGAUGUUAACUCUUCUCUGAAAGUCUGGUAGAAUUCUCCAGUGAAGCCGUCAGGGCCAGGCUUAUUUUUUUUUGUUGGAAGUUUUUUAAUUACCUUUCGAUCUCUUCUUUUGUUAUAGGUUUAUCUAGUUGUUCUAUCUCUGUUUGUGUUAAUUUAGGUAGGUAGGGUGUUUCUAAAAAUUUGUCCAUUUCCUCUAGGUUUUCAAAUUUGUUAAGAGUUUAAUUUUUCAUUGUAUUCUGUUAUGAUUCUUUUAAUUUCAGUUGGGUCUGUUAUGAUAUCACCCAUCUCAUUUCUUCCUUGGGUUAUUUGCUUCCUCUCCUGUUUUUCUUUUGUUAUUUUGACCAGUGGUUUAUAGAUUUUGUUGAUCUUUUUAAAGAACCAGCUUUUGGUCUUUCUAACUCUUUCAAUUGUUUUCCUGUUCUCUAAUUCAUUUAAUUCUGCUCUAAAUUUUAUUAUUUGCUUUCUUCUGGUGUCCCAAGGCUUCUUUUGCUGCUUCUUUGUGUUUGUUCAAGUUAUUGGGGUAAUUCUUUGAUUUUGGCCCUUUCUUUUUGGAUAUGUGCAUUUAUUGCUGUAAAUUGACCUCUGAGCACUGCUUUUGCUGCAUCCCAAAGGUUCUGGUAGGAAGUGUUUUCAUUCUCAUUUGAUUAUAUGAGUUUCUUUAUUCCAUUCUUAAUUUCUUCUGUAACCCAGUAGUUUUUGAGCAAAGUAUUGUUAAGUUUCCAUGUGUUUGAUUUUUUUUCCUUACCUUUUCUGUUACUGAUUUCUACUUUUAUGGCUUUAUGGUCAGAAAAUGUGCUUUGUAAUAUUUUGAUGUUUUGGAUUCUGUUAAGGCUUGCUUUAUGACCUAAUAUGUGGUCUGUUCUGGAGAAAGUUCCAUGUGCAUUGGAAAAGAAAAUAUAGUUGUCUGCCGUUGGGUGGAGUGUUCUGUAUAUGUCUAUAUGGUCAAAUUGGCUGAUUGUAGCAUUUAGAUCUUCUUUGUCUUUAUUGAGCUUCUUUCUGGAUGUUGUGUCCUUCACCGAAAGUGCUGUGUUGACGUUUCCUACUACUAUCGUAGAGCUGUCUGUCUCUCAUUUUAAUGCUGUUAGAGUUUAUGUAUUUUGAAGCCGUGUUAUUGGGUGUGUAAAUAUUUAUAAUGGUUAUAGCCUCCUGUGUAAGUGUCCUUCCUUAUCCUUUGUGGUAGAUUUUACUUUAAUGUGUGUGUAUUUUGUCAAAUUAAUAUUGUCACUGCUGUUUUUUGAUUAUUGUUUCCUUGAUAUUUAUUUUUUCCAUCCUUUGAGUUUUAGUUUGUGUCUUUAAGUCUAAGGUGUGUCUCUUGUAGGGAGCAUAUAGAUGUAUUGUGUUUUUUUAAUCCAUUCUGCCACUCUGUUUCUUUAUUGAUGCAUUUAGUCCAGUUAUAUUCAGCAUAAUUGUGGAUAGGUAUGAGUUUAGUGCUGUCAUUUUGAUGUGUUUGUUUGUGUGUGUUGUUGACAGUUUCUUUUUUCCAGUUAAUUUUCUGUGCUGAGUUGUUUUUCUUUAUAUAUGUUGUCUCUUCCUCUUUUUCAUUGUUGUUUCUUUUCUAUUUGCUGAGUCUUUAUGUUUUUCCUGUUUUUUAUUUUGAUAUGUAGUAUUGUCAGUUUCCUUUGUGGUUACCUUGAUAUUUGCCUCUGUUUUUCUAAGUUUAAACCAAACUUUUAUUUCUUUAUAUUGCCUUGACUUCUCUGUAUGAAAGAUCUAUGACUGCAUUUUUUAGUCUCACGUUUUUGAUUUUAUGUUGUCAUCUUUUACAUAAUGACGUCUCUGUUCCCCUGUUUUAAGCGUUUUAGCCUUGACUUAUUUUUGUGGUUUCCGUAUCUGGGUUGAUAUCUGGUUGCUCUGUCUUGUGUUCUAGUCUUGGUUUGUUAUCUGCUGUUGCUGAGUUUCUAACCAGUGGACUCACUUUAGUAUUUUUUGUAAUUUUGGUUUGUUUUUUUGCAGAUUUUCUAAACUUCUGUUUAUUUGGAAAUGUCCUAAUUUUGCCAUCAUAUUAGAGAGACAGUUUUGCUGGAUAUAUAAUUCUUGGCUGGCAUUUUUUUUUCCAUCAAGGCUUUAUAUAUGUCAUCCCUUUACCUUCUUGCCUGCAUGGCUUCUGCUGAGUAAUCAGAGCUUAGUCUUACUGACUUUCCUUUGCGGGUGACUUUUUGUUUAUCCCUAGCUGCUCUUAAAAUUCUUUAUCUUUUGUUUUGGCAAGUGUGAUUAUAAUAUGUUGUGGUGACUUUGGGAUCUACCUUAUGUUUGAUGAGCAUCUUGGAUAGAUAUUUUCUCAUGUUUCACGAUGUCAGGGACAUUUUCUGCCAACAAAUCGUCAACAGUUCUCUCUGUGUUUUCUGUUAUCCCCCACCCUCCCAUGCCCCCGUUCUGGUACUGCAGUCACUCGUAGGUUAUUCCUCUUGAUAGAGUUCCACAUAAUUCUUAGGGUUUCUUCAUUUUUUAAAACUCUUUUAUCUCAUUUUUCCUCUGAUAUGUUGGUGCCAAGUGCUUUAUCUUCAAUCUCCCUAAUUCUGACUUAUAUUUCCUUAAUUCUGCUCCUGUGACUUUCUGUUGAGUUUUCUAAUUCUGAAAUUUUAUUGUUAACCUACUGAAUUUCUGUUUGCUGUCUCUCUGUGGAUUCUUGCAGCCUAUUAAAUUGUCAUUAUGCUCUUCUCUAAUCUUCAUAAGUUCCUCUGUUGGUUUGUCUGUGUGCUGGUUGGCUUGUUCUGUGUUUUACAUGAACUCCUUCCUGAUUUGUGAAGAGUUCUGUAUAUUAAUUUUUUGUAUUCUACCUCUGGUAGUUCCAGGAAGUUCUCUUCAUCCAGAGUAUUUCUUGAGUCUUUGUUCUGUGAGCUUGCUGAAGCCAGCAUCAUCUGCCUCUUUAUGUGAUUUGAUAUUGACUGUUUUUACUGGGUUGUUUCCAAGCCAUUAAUAAGUUAUUGUAUUUACUUAUUUUAUGUUUGCUUACUGUGUCCUAGCUUCUUGUUUUGUUUUGUUAUGCCCAAAUAGGCUUCUUGAGUGAGCUAGUUUGGUUAUUGGCGCCUUUGAAUCUCUCAUGUCCUGUGACUAGGUGGUUAGAGCUCUUAGUAGGUAUAUGAGCCCAGGAGUCUGUUUGCUUUUGUUUUAUCGAUUUAGCUCAGGUUUCAAGGUAGUUGGUCACCAAGUGUGUGGUGCAGGCUCUCACCUACAGUCUUAAACAAGCAGGGGUGAUUGGAAUAGGCACAGGUAUCUGGCUGCAGUAGGGGAUGACACGCUGAGCAAGGCAGGAGGUAGAGGAUGACAACUGGCCCUGAGUGUCUGAGGAAAACGUGUCCAUGUUACAUAGAGCACAUAUGUGGGUGGGUUUUGUAGCUGGACCAUGGCGCUCAGUGCUUUUGGUUGUAAACCCUCCUUGGACCCCUGUCAAGGGUAGCUAGGUGGCAUGGGUGAAGCCACCAGUCCCCUGGCCCCUGAUGUGGGUAGUUGAGGACCCUGCUUAAUAGCAGAGUGAUGUCAAAUGUCGUGAAUCUGCCUUUCCACCUUAUAACUGAAACAGUUGAAGUUAGACUUCAGGUGUUUACACUGUUGUACUGUGCUAGUGAGGGCCUGUGCUGUUGAAAUGGGCCCACACAAGUCUAUGCAAGGGUGAGAGGCAAUGUCCAUGGACCACUUAUGGCUGUGCUUAGGCAAAGGAGCUGUUUCUUUCCUGAGUUCCCUGCUUGGGGUAGCUGGCGGAUUAUUUUUUCCCCGUUUGUUAAUUUUUUCCUUCUUUCAGGCCAGGAGGAUGGCUGAGGACGCGUGACAGGUCUUACUUCAAGCCCAGGGAAAAUGGCUAUCACUGAAGCUGGCUCAGGAUUUGGUGUAGAGCAGGGAGGGGUCAGUAAAAUGGGAGAGAGUUUUUUCCCAAAGGGGUGUCUUUUGGCCUGUGCGGUAGAUUAGACAUAAGUGCUUAAUCUAUUGCCCAGAGAGUGCUUUUCACUGAUCCUGGAGGCGUGAGUGAACUCUCCGGUGCUUGGUCUCUUCCAAUGUGGAAAAUGUGUCCCAAAUGCCACUGGUUGUCUCAUCAUGCUCUCACCAGUGGAAUCGGCUUUCAGGAUGCCGGCUUCUGCCAGGUCAGGUCUGGCAGCUCCUUGUUGCUUCUGAACUAUCCUUCCCUCCCCUUGCCGCUCAGUCUGAUUUACUUGUUUUUUCAGGUUUCUGUUAUAAGAGGGAUCACUGAAAGCAUCUGACUACUCUGCUGCCUUGGCCCCACCUUCAAAGGCAGUGCUUUUGAACUUGAACCAUUAAAUGUUUGUUAUUGAACUAUGUGAACCAAUUCAAGUAAAACAGCUUGAUAUUGCAAAUUAUGAAUUAUUUUCUUCUACUCCUAAAGACUUUCUGGUUUCUAUCAGUGACAGAUAUCCCAUAAAUAAAUGGAUUAAGUUGGGUACUUUCCAUGGUAGAGAUGAGAGGAAUGUCCAGAGUUUCCCUUUAGAUGAACAGAUGUAUGCAAAAUAUGUGAAGAUGUUCAUCAAGUACAUAAAGGUGGAGUUUAUAUCACAUUUUGGAUCCGAACACUUUUGUCCAUUAAGCCUUAUAAGGGUAUUUGGUACUAGCAUGGUGGAAGAAUAUGAGGAGAUUGCUGAUUCCCAGUAUCAGUCGGAACGUCAAGAACUAUUUGAUGAGGACUAUGAUUAUCCACUGGAUUAUAAUACUGGGGAGGACAAAUCCUCAAAAAAUCUUCUUGGUUCUGCUACAAAUGCCAUUCUAAAUAUGGUGAAUAUUGCCGCUAAUAUUCUGGGAGCAAAAACUGAAGAUCUGACAGAAGGAAAUAAAAGUAUAUCUGAGAAUGCCACUGUCACAGCUGCACCUAAAAUGCCUGAAUCAGCUCCUGGUUCAACUCCUGUUCCAUCACCUGAGUUUGUAACCACUGGAGUACAUAUACAUGAAAUAGAGCCAUCAACGCCAGAUACACCAAAGGAGAGUCCCAUUGUACAACUAGUUCAAGAGGAAGAAGAGGAGGCAAGUCCAUCUACAGUGACCCUUCUGGGCACUGGUGAACAGGAAGAUGAAUCAUCACCUUGGUUUGAGUCAGAGACACAAAUAUUUUGCAGUGAACUGACCACAAUUUGUUGUAUUUCUAGUUUUUCAGAAUACAUAUAUAAAUGGUGUUCAGCUAGAGUGGCGCUUUAUCGACAACGCAGCGGAAGCGCUGUGAGAAAAGGAAAAGAUUAUAUUCUGUCACCUCAGCCACCGUCACUACUUCCCACAGCAUCAGUGGAACCUCCGAGUGGAGAAUUGGACAGUAAGAGUGUGGAAAGGGAAGCUGAAACUGUUAUUCUAGAUGACUUAAGUAGUAUGCAACAAAGUGAUUUGGUUAAUCACACUGUCGAUGCAAUUGAACUUGAACCAAGCUAUCCUCAAACCCUUUCUCAGUCUCUUCUAUUGGAUAUUACUCCAGAAAUCAAUACAUUAUCUAAAAUAGAAGUAACUGAGUCUGUUAAACAUGAAACAGGACAUACACCAUCACAAAUAAUUCCCCAAGAGAGUUCUGUUGAGAUUGCUAAUAAAACAGAAAAGAAACCUGAGAGUUCUAGUUCUAUAGAGAAGCCACCUGUCAUCUAUGAAACAAGUAAAUUAAGUGAAGUAACAGAUAAUAUUGUAAAAGAAGAUACAAACUCCAUGCAAAUCAUCACGAAGCUAUCUGAAACAAUAGUGCCACCUAUAAACACAGCCACUGUGCCGGGCAGUGAAGAUGGGGAAGCCAAAAUGACCAUAGCAGACGCACCAAAGCAAAUACUGACUCCUGUUGUGGAUUCUUCUUCAUUACCUGAAGUGAAAGAGGAAGAGCAGUCUCCAGAAGAUGCCCUUUUGGCUAUUCCUGGUUCGAGUGGGUUACAGAGGACAGCUACAGAUUUUUAUGCUGAAUUACAAAAUUCUACAGAUCUAGGAUAUACUAAUGGAAACCUUGUACAUGGGUCAAACCAAAAGGAGUCAGUAUUUAUGAGACUUAAUAAUCGGAUUAAAGCCUUGGAAGUUAACAUGUCUCUCAGUGGUCGCUAUCUGGAGGAGCUUAGCCAAAGGUACCGAAAACAAAUGGAAGAAAUGCAGAAAGCUUUCAAUAAAACAAUAGUAAAACUUCAGAAUACUUCAAGAAUAGCAGAGGAGCAGGAUCAGCGGCAAACUGAAGCCAUCCAUCAGCUACAGGCACAGCUGGCCAACAUGACACAGCUUGUUUCAAACUUGUCAACAACUGUAGCAGGGUUAAAACGUGAGGUCUCAGACCGCCAAAGCUAUCUUGUCAUGUCUUUGGUUCUCUGUGUUGUCUUGGGACUGAUGCUGUGUAUGCAGCGUUGUCGAAGCCCUUCUCAAUGUGAUGGAGAUUACAUUUGCAAACCUCCAAAAAAUAAUCCGUACCCGAGCCCUAAAAGGUGUUUCUCUUCCUAUGAUGAUAUGAAUUUGAAAAGAAGAACUUCAUUCCCACUCAUUAGAUCCAAGUCUCUACAGUUAACUGGCAAAGAAGUAAACCCAAAUGAUUUGUAUAUCGUAGAACCCCUCAAGUUCUCUCCAGGAAAAAAGAAGAAACGCUGCAAGUACAAAACUGAAAAAAUUGAGACCAUCAAGCCAGCAGAUCCAUUGCACCCUAUACCCAAUGGAGACAUAAAAGGAAGGAAGCCCUUUACGAACCAGAGAGAUUUUUCUAACCUGGGAGAGGUUUAUCACUCUUCUUAUAAGGGCCCCCCCUCUGAGGGAAGCUCAGAAACUUCAUCACAAUCGGAAGAGUCUUAUUUUUGUGGCAUUUCAGCGUGCACAAGCCUGUGCAACGGACAGUCCCAAAAGACAAAGACUGAGAAGAGGGCGUUAAAACGAAGGCGAUCUAAAGUCCAAGACCAAGGGAAAUUGAUCAAAACUCUCAUACAGACUAAGUCAGGAUCACUGCCGAGCCUGCAUGACAUAAUUAAAGGAAACAAAGAGCUCACCGUGGGAACACUGGGUGUUACGGCCGUCUCGGGACAUAUCUGAAAGUAACGGAGCUUUUCAUACCAGAGACUUUUUUGUUGUUCUUUGAAGAGGCGUCUGUGGUAUUUGAAGGGGUCGAGGGAGGGAGAAGCUAUUAAUGGAAAAAGUAUUCGGAAAUUAGGGUUUCUGCCUUUUUAAAAAGUAGAUGGGAUUGUGUCAAUCUUGGGUAAUGAGUUGCAGUUUUACAAGGCUGAUCACUUCCUACAAUGACAAUGGUAGACAUUUUAUAAAGAUGUUUUUUCACGGAUUAAUUACUGGAACAGAAGUAAUUUGGGAGCCCAGUUCCUUGGCUGGGAUAGGAAUGAAAGCCCAAGCCUCUUCCUUUAGCUUUGUUCCAAUUUCUUGCACCUUCCCAUAUUUAUGUGCCUUUUGUCUAUUUAUAAUGCCACUGGAAGAGGAGGGAGACUUUUCUGUCAUUUGAUUUCUUUUAUAACUUUGUUAGUAUUUUGGAAGCUGCGAACACUACAAGGCUUUAGGGUGGUCUGUGCCUGAAGCUUAGCAAUGUGGUCAGACAGUGUACAAAUCCUGAAAGACUUGGCAAUUAGAUCUCUGCUUAGCAAACUCACUGGCAACGAACACUCGCUGGAAUUUUUAAGUUUAUUUUUCUAGGUAAAUGGUGAUGCUGUAUUUUUAUUUAACUCAUUUGGAUUGGAUUACUUUUUCCUUAGUAACUUAAUGAGAAAAAAUAAAUCACCAUACAAGAUGUUUUCUUGCAAACGACUGGUAUUUGCAAGCAAAGUUUUUAUAAAUUCACCUUAUAAAGACAUUUAGCCACUUGUGAAGGCUUUCUUUAGCUUUAUUACAUUUUAAGAAUUCACAAUAAACACUAACCCUCCAAACUUUCCGAUCAUUUUUUCUAAUACAACAAAUACGAAGUUUGAAAGUUUGGCAAAUGAGCCCAGGUCUCAUGGUAUAAUCACUGCCCAUGUACAUAUGCACAGAAUCAGCUCGCGAGUUUGUCAGGCUUUGUCUAAUUGGUCAAAUCUAAAGGGAUCAUCCCGUGAUGUUUGCUUUGUAUUGGCUACAAAUGUGCAGAGGUAUACAUGUGUGAUGUCAGUGUGUCUGUCUGCAUUUUGUCUUUUUUUUUUCCUUUUAAAAAAUUGUCAUUGGCUGAAUAAGAUGACUUCUUGGCGUGUGAUUGUGCAGCAGUGAGUGAAAGUAGAAUGUUUCUUUUUGAAAGGGAGACAAUUUUGUGUUGUAAGACUUAAAUUAUAACUUAUUGAGCACUUUUAGUAAUAACUGUUUAUGAACUUGUCGAAAACCUUUCUUGGGGUAUUGUUUGUAAUGUGACUUAUUUAAAGCCUUUUUGUUUGUUUAAGUUGCUGCUUUUAUGUUCUGUUAACAGUAUGUUUUAGAUUUAAUUUUUUUCCAGUCUGCACAGUUAGCCAUUCAGAGCAAGAGGGCUUGAUUGUAGUCCUCUUGAAAGAGGCCCAGUUUGGAACAGAGGUAGAGUGGGAGGUUACACCAUCUGUGUGCAGCAUCCAGUGUUGUGGAAAGAAGACUCAACAAUAUGUAACUACGAAGCUGUAGUGCCAUUAGAAACUGUGAAUUUCCAAAUAAAUCUGAACACUUGUCUUUAUUAAUUACUGGCUGUUCCCAGUCUUUGAGAGAGGACUCACAAAUUCAUUACUAACCUCAUAGAUACAAGUUUUGCCACUUUUAAAGCUAAAUAUAGCAGCAUCGCAUUAAAUAACUGAUCGCAUUUCUGCCAACUGGGAACUGAUUGGACUUUCACAUACAUUUUGUUCCCUAUAAAAUCAUAAUUUCAUCUUUUUAAACACUAAAAUGACAGUUUUGAAUCUUUAUUUACUAGGAUACCUUUUGUGAAUUUUUGGAUAGGUUUUCAUGCAUGUGCUUUUCUCUUAUUAGGUGCUAUCUGGCGCUCCGUGGAAACUCCGUGGGGCAGUUCUACUCUGUCCUGUAGGGUCGCUAUGAGUGGGAAACGACUUGAGGGCACUGGGUAUCUUUAGGACUACUAAUUUUGAACUGUUUUAUAAUAUUUUGCACAUACAUAUAUACAUUUUCUUUGGAUGAACCAUUUGAAAACGUGUGGCACAUCCUGAGUCUUCACCCCCUAAUACUUAGUAUGUGUUUUCUAAGAAUAAGGACAUUAACUCACACAGCCAUAAUACCAGUAUCACACCUAAAAACGUGAGCAGUAGUUCCAUAAUAUCUUAUUUACAGGCCAUAUUCAAAUUUCUCCAGUUAUCCGCCCCCCCCGACACGCUUUUAAAAAAAAUCUAUAGUCCAUUUGGUUAUUUUCUUUUUAGACUUAAAAAAUAUGAAUUGAAUUAUAUCAAUAAUUAACUGUGAAUGGUCUACAUAUGCCAGUUAAAAGACAGAGACUAUCGAGAGUAGAUAAAAAAGACCCAACUACAUGUUAUAUGUUGUCUGCAAGAAACCCACUUAAGAUAUAAAGUCAGAUUUAAAGUAAAGGGAUGAAGAAAGACAUGCCAUACUAACACUAAUCAAAAGAAAGCUGAGUAGCUGUAUUCAGAUGAAGUGGAUUUCAGCAAGGAAAAUUAUCAGGUGUAAAGAAGGUAUAAAGUAAUCAAUUCACCAAGAAGACGUAAUCCUGAAUACGUAUGUGCCUAAUUUUUUUUUUUAACAACAGCAGCAAAAUGUAUAAGGCAGAAACUGAUAGACAGAUCCACUGUUACUGUUGGCACUGUCAGCCACCACCAGUAAUUGACAGAGUCAGCACUCAGAAAAUCAGUGGGGAUAUAGUUGAACUGAAAAGCACUAUCAACUGGAUCUAAUUAACAGAAUACUCAACAGUGAAAUACACAUUUUCUCAAGCUCACACGGAACAGUCACUAAAUAGACCAUAUCCCGGGCCAUAAAACACACAUUAAAAAAUUACACAAAGUGUGCCGUCAGACCACAGUGGAAUUAAAGUAGAAAAGAGUGACAGAAAGGUAAAAAAAUCCCAAAAUAUUUGGAGAUUAAACAACACACUUCUAAAAAAAAUGUGGAUCAAAGAAGAAGUCUUAAGAGAAAUUUAAAUAUAUUUUGAACAAAAUUAAAAUGAAAAUACAAGUUAUCAAAGUUUGAGGGAUGCAGCAAAAAGUAGUGGUUUAGAGGGAAAUUGAGAGCACUGAAUGCAUACAUUAGGGAAAAAAUCAAUAAGCUUCCACCUUAGGAAACUUGAAAAAUGAGCAAAUUAAAUCCAAAGUAAGCAGAAGAAAAGUUAGAACAAAAUCAAUGAAAUUAAAAACAGGAGAUUAAUAGAUAAAUUAACAAAACCAAAAGCUGAUUCUUUGAAAAGAACAAUGAAAUUGAUAAACCUCUAGCUAUGCUAACCAAGAAAAAGAUAGAAAUUACUAAUACAAGAAAUGAAAGGGGCCAUCGCAGCUUAUCCCAUGCACAUUCAAAGGAUAAUAACUCUAAGCUCACAAAUUUGGUAGAUUAAAUGGACCAAUUUCUUGCAAGACACAAUCUAACAAAAUUCACACAAAAUGAAAUAGAUAUUGUGAAGAAGCUUAUAGCUAUUAAGGAGCCCUGGUGGCCCAAUGGUUAAGAGUUCAGCUGCUAACUAAAAUGUUGAAUCCACCAGCUGCACCUUGGAAACCCUAUGGGGCAGUUCUGCUCUGUCCUACAGGGUCACCAUGAGUCAGACGACUCAAUGGCAGUGGGUUUUUUAAAUUUUUUAUAGAGCUAUUAAAUUGAAUCAAUAAUUAAUAAUCUUCCAAAACAGAAAUCACCAGACCCAGAUGAUGUCACUGGUAAAUUAUACCAAACAUUUAAAGAAUUAGCACCAAUCUUUCUCAAACUCUUACAAAAAAUAGGAGGAAAACUUCCUAACUCAAUGUAUAGAGCAUUACCUUAAUGCUGAAACCAAAGACAUUACUAGGAAGGAAAAUUAUGGAGCAGUUGUCUCUCAUGACCAUAGAUGCAAAAAUCCUCAAAAAAUGUAUAAAAGAAUCAGGCACCGUGACCAAAUGUUAUUUAUGCCAGGUAAUUAAAAAAAAAAAAAUUUUUUUUUUUUAAGCAAGGUUGCCACAACAUUUGCAAAUCAAUGUAAUUCACAUGAACAGGCUAAAGAAGAAAAAUUAUUAUAGCAAUAGGUGCAGAAAAAGUGUUUAACAAAGUCUAAUGUCCAUUCAAGAUAAAAUCUCAUGAACUAGGAAGAAAGGGGAGUGAAAUCUUGUUACAUGCUGCAAUAUGGAUGAACCUUGAAAAACGAUGCUGAGUGAAAUAAGUCACUUACAAAUGGACAAAUACUGUAUGAUCCCACUGACGUGAACUAUCUAUGAUAGGCAAGAGUAUGGAGACAAAAGUUUAUUAGUGGUCACCAGUGGUAGGCAGGAAGGAGGAAAAGAAGAGGACUCAUUGCUUAGGGGACACUGAGCUUCUGUUAAGGGUGAUGGGAGAAUUUUGGAAAUGGAUAGUGGUGAUAGAUGGACAACAAGAUGAAGAUGAUUAAUGUCACUGAAUUGGAGAUUUAAAAAUGUUGGAAUGGUAAAUGUUUUAUUACACAUACAUUUACCACAAUAAAAAAAAUUCUCAUAAAAAGGAAUAAAAUGUAUACAUAUUGAGAAGGAAGAAAUAAAACUGUCUUUGAUCACAGGUGAUAUGAUCAUCUAUAUAAAAAACCCCAAAAAGUUGGCAAAACUCUUGGAAAUAAUAAGCAGUUAUAUCAAGGUUGCAGGGUACAAGAUUGAUAUGCAAAAGUCAAUUGCUUUCCUAUAUACCAGCAAGGAACAAUUGGAAUUUGAAAUUAAAAACACAACAUCAUUUACAUUAGCACCAAAAAAGUUAAAUACUUAGGUAUAAAUAUAAAAGCUAUAUAAGGAAAACUAUAAAACUACGGUGAAUGAAGUCAAAGGAGAUCUAAAUAAAUUAAGAGAUAUUCCACAUCUCUUCAAUAUUUUUAAGGUAUCAAUUUUUCCUAAAUUGACCUAUAGAUUCAACACAAUCCCAAACAAAAUCCAAGCAAUUUAUUUUGUGGAUAUUGACAAACUGAUUCUAAAGUUUAUAUGGAAAAUAGCCAAGACAGUACUGAAGAACAGAAUUGGAAGACCCACACUACCAGACUUCAAGACUUACUAUAAACUCCAGUGAUCAAGGUGGUGUGGUAUUGAAGGAAUAGACAAAUAAAUGGAUCAGUGGAACAGAAUAGAGAGCCCAGAAAUAGACCCACAUAAAUAUGGUCAAUUGAUCUUUGCCAAAGGAGCAAAAGUAAUUCAACAGAGAAAUGCUGGCCUUUUCACAAAUGGUGCUAGAACAAUUAUCCAUCCACAUGCAAAAAAAAAAAAAAAAGACCUAAACACAGAGGUUAUGUCUUUUGCAAAAAUUAACUGAAAAUGGAUCAUAGACUUAACUAUAAAAUACAAAACUAUACAACGUCUAGAAGAUAAAAUAGAAAAUCUAGGUGACCUUGGAUUUGGCAAUGGCUUUCUUUUUUUUUCACAUACAACACCAAAAGCAUGAUCCAUAAAAGAAAAAAUUGAUAAGUUGGACUGCAUUAAAAUAAAAAUGUCUGCUCUGCGAAAGACUGUUAAGAAAAAGAGGACUUCUAAGAGGUGGAGCCAACAUGGUGCUAUAGACAGAAGCACCAGCCCUCCCUCCACCGCAAAGAUCCGAAGAAGUAAGUAACAGACAUCAAUCCUAGAACCCUAAGCGUCAAAUGACAAGAUAAAGAACUCAGCCAAGCACCAAAUACGAAAUCCUGGUGGCGUAUUGAUUAAGUGGUACUGCUGCUAACCAAAGGGUCAGCAGUUCAAACCCACCAGAUGCUCCUUGGAAACUCUAUGGGGCAGUUCUACUGUCUUAUAGGGUUGCUAUGAGUCGGAAUCGACUCGAUGGCACUGGGUUUGGUUUUUGGUUUUUUAAGCACCAAAUGUAAGAAACUGACAGAGAGCAGAGAGCAAGGAGAGAUACGAGUGGAGGUCCCCUAUCAGCUAAAGUAGCGUGGAUUCACUGUCUUGGAUUCCUGUCGGAGAUCGGUGUACAGGGAGUACAGGAAAGCAGCUUCAUGGAGCUCCCAGCAGUAGACAGAGCACCCAGUAACCAGCAAUAUGUGCUUUCCAAACCCCCACCCUUCUUCCCCCUGCCUGGCCUCCACCACUUCCCAGUGGGCCAAGUGAUUGUGGUCUGGGAGGCGCUGAGUCUGUGCUGCUUGGAUUUGCCCUGCCCACACCAGCCAGCUCCUUCAGUGCCGUUUUGUUGUUGCUGGUGUUGCUUUUUUUGGCUUCUUUUGGUUUCUUCCUGGUCUCUCACCUCUUCCUCAUCCCUUCUCUUGAACACCUGGCUCUGUGUGCCAUCUUUGGGGAACUGCUUUUCCAGUCCAUGCCACCAUGCUGGUGGGAUCACAGGGGCCUUUUUGCUUUGUUUGUUUUCUUUUUCUUUUCAUGGCUUGGGAGCCCUUCUAGCCAGGCUGUAUUGUGUGGCUUGGGGGCCACUUCCCUGGUCUGUACAGCUACAUCAGUGGGAUCCCCAGGGGCAUUUCUUCUUUUUUUCUUUUUAUCUUUCCUCAUUUCUCAGUUUCUCAUCUCUACUUACUGUUUUCCUGUCUCCUGAGUACUUGGAGCUGUGUGCCAUCUCUGCACCUUCUAGCCAGGCUAUACUGGGCAGCUUGGAGCCACUUCACCUGUCAGCACAGCUAUGUCAGUGGGAUCACUGGAGGUCUUUCUCUUUCUUUUUCUUUCUUCAUUUCUGUUUCUCGUCUCUCUCUCUACAUACCUUCUUUCCCUGUCUCCUGAAUACCUGGUGCUGUGUGCCAUCUACCUCUGCCCUUUCUACCCGGGCUGUACUGCACUGCUUGGGAGCCACUUCCCCAGUCUGCACAGCCAUGUCAGUGGGAUCACUGGGGGCCUUUUUUAUUUUUUUCUUUUCCCUUUUCAUCUUUCUUCAUUUCUCAGUUUCUUAUCUCUCUCUCCUUACCUUCUUUUCCUAUCUCCUGAAUAUCUGGCUUUGUAUGCCAUCUCUGCACCUUAUAGCCGGGCUGUACUGGGCAGCAUGGGCUCCACUUUCCCAGUCUGCACAGCCACAUCAGUGGGAUCACAGGGGCCUCUUUUUUUCUUUAUUUUUUCUUUUAUCUUUUCCUUGUUCUUACUUUUUCAGUUUCUUGUCUCUUUUUGCUUUCCUUCUUGUCUCCUGAAUACCCAGCACUGUGUGCCAUCUCCACCCCUUCUAGAUGGGCUGUGCCCUGAGGCCUGGAAGUCACUUCCCCAGUCACCAGUGGGAUCCCUGAGGUCAUCUUUUUUUUUUUUUUUUCCUUCAUUUCUCAGUUUCUUGUCUCUCCAUUCCAAUUGCAAGCUCCCCUGGCAUUUUGUUUAUUGGGCUCCUGUUUCUCUUUUCUCUCUUCUUUCCCAUACCCAUUUUAGCUCCACACAUCACAACCUUCCCCUUCUCUCUGGCCUACCUGCACCGUGCACUGAACAUCACACCCCUGAGCAGCACAGGCAUGGCCUACUAGAAUCUGCCCUACACUGACCCCCAGCCUGCCCUGUUGGCCCUAGUACCUGCCACAAACAACCCAUCCCAGCCCCUCACUUUCAGGUGGGCCUGCCCUGCUGAACCAUAGCUAAGCCACUGCUCCUGCCCAUUGGAAAAGGAGGUGAAAAAAUAUCGUGCCCACAGAUGAACAAACAACAAAGAAUGCACAGCCCGCCUGCUCAGAUGUAACCAAAUAAAAAAGCAGGAUGUAACAAACAAAUCUACAAUCAAUCAAUGAAGAAAAUAACUACCGAAUGUGCUGAAGACAGCAGACAAUAUCAAAACAUAUUAAAAAAAUAGAACAGGAUGGUUCCAGUAAGCAUCCAAAAUAAAACACCAGAUGACUUUCCAGUAGAAGAAAAGGCAGUAGAACUACCUGAUAGGGAAUUCAAAUCUCUAAUAUUCAGAGCUAUCCAAAAGCUGAAGCAAAAAAGCAGACAAAAAUUGGGGAAAAAUAGAUAAAUUAAUGGAAAAGGCAGACAAAUUUAUGGAAAAUACAGACAAAAAAUGGAAGAAUUCAUGUUAAUAUAGGAACAAAACAUCAAAUAAACAAUUAGAAAUCAUACAAAAAUAACAAUUAGUAACCCAAAAGAUAAACAAGAUUUCAGAAAUAGGCAUUGUUGUAGAAGGUUUGAGGACCAGGUUUGAAACAAUGGAAGACAGUAUCAGUGAAAUUGAAGACAAAUCCUUGGAUACAACUUUGAGGAAAAAAUAAAGAAGAAACCCUGAGAAUUAUGUGGGAAACAUCAAAAGCAAAAAUUUGCAAGUGAUCAGAGUUCCCAAACGGGGGGGAAAUAGAAAACACAGAAUCAUUGAAAAACUGCUGACAGAAAAAUUUCCUAAUAUCAUGAAAGAUGAAAAGCUGUUUUGGUCAUCUAGUGCUGCUGUAACAGAAAUACCACAAGUGGAUAACUUUAACAAAGACAAUUUUAUUCUUUCACAGCCCAGUAGACUAGAAGUCCGGAUUCAGGGCAUCAGCUCCAGGAGAACGCUUUCUCUGUGGGGUCUGCAGAGGAAGGUCUGUGUCAUCAAUCUUCCCUUGGUGUAGGAGCUUCUCUGUGCAGGAACCUCAGUUCCAAAAAACACACUCUGCUCCUGGCACUUCUCUCAUGGUGGUAUGAGGUACUCCUGUCUCUCUACUCACUUCUUUUAUAUCUCAAAAGAGAUUGGCCUAAGACAUUAUCUAAUCUUGUAGAUCUCAUCAAUAUAACUGCCAUUAAUCCAUCUCCUUAUAUCAUAGCGAUAGGAUUUACAACACAUAGGGAAAUCACAUCAGAUGACAAAAUGGUAGACAAUCAUACAAUACUGGGAAUCAUGACCUAGUCAAGUUGACAGAUAUUUUAGGGGGACACAAUUCAAUCCAUGACGCUGACCAUCCAAGAAGCUCAACAAACCCCAUGUAGGAUAGACCCCCAAAAGAAAAUGGUCAAGGCCUAUCAUAAUCUCAGUUGCUAAAACCAAAGACAAAGAAUCCUGAGAGCAGCUCAAGAAAAAUGAAAAGUCACAUACUGAGGGGAAACAAUAAGACAACUCUGAUUACUCAGCAGAAACCAUGCAGGCAAGAAAGCAAUGUGGUGACAUAUAUAAAACCUUGAAAGAAAAAAAUUGCCAUCCAAGAAUAAUAUAUCCUGCAAAACUUUUGCUCAAAUAUGAUGGUGAAAUUAGGACAUUUCCAGAUAAACAGAAAUUAAGGAAAUAUAUAAAAGCCAAACUAAACUUAGAAGAAUUAUUAAAGGGAGUCCUUCACUUUGAGAACAAACAACAGAAGACCACACCCUGAAUCUAGGAUGCAAGAUCGCACCAGGCAGAUACCAGCCUACGAAAAGAACUCUCAAGAACUAUUCAAAAUGAAAAGAUUUAAAAUGGCGAACCAGAAAGGUUAAUCUGUAAACAACAAUAACAUCAGAACAAUAAAAUUGGGAUUAAACAGUAUAGGUAUAGAACUUUCUAAAGGAGAGGAAGGCAAGGUGAUAUCAAGUAAUAAUAGACUGGUUCAAAGCUAGGAAGAUAAGGGUAAAUUUCAAGAUAACCACAAAGAGCUAACAAACCUACCCAUCAAAAUAAAGAAGUAAAACCAAGUCUCAGUAAAAACAAAAUCUGUAAAGAAAAGAAAUGAAAAAAAAAAAAAAUCCACAAACAAAAGGAGCUCAGAACAGGAGAGUAAGAGGAACAAAGAAUUCAGCACAGGAGAGUAAGAGAAACAGGAAACGACUGCACCACACACACACAAAAAAAGCACUACAAAAUGAUAGCAAUAAACUCACACCUAUCAAUAAUUACACUGAACAUAAAUGACCUAAAUGCAUGCAUAAAGAGACAGAGAGUGACAGAAUGGAUAAAAAAACGAUUCAUCAGUAUGCUGUCUACAAACAACUCACCUUGGAAAAAAGAUGUAAAUUUAUUAAAAAUCAAAGGAUGGAAAAAAUAUAAUAAGCAAACAGCUACCAAAAAAGCAGGAGUGGCAAUACUAAUCUCAGAUAAAAUGACUUUAAAACAAAAUUCACCAUAAAAGACAAAGAAGGCCACUAUAUAAUGAUUAAAGGAAUGAUCCAUCAUGAAGACAUAACCAUAAUAAAUACCUAUGCACUCAAUGACAGGGCUCCAAAAUACUUAAACUCUAACAGCACUGAAGAGAAAUUGAUAGUUACACAAUAAUAGUAGGAGACUUCAACACACCACUCUUGGUAAAGGACAGAACAUCUAGAAAGAAACUCAACAAAGAUACAGAAGAUCUAAAGGACACAAUCAGCCAACUUGACCUCAUAGACACAUACAGAACACUCAACCGCUGCAAAGUGCAUAUUCUUUUCCAAUGCACAUGGAACCUUUUCCAGAAUAGACCACAUCUUAGCCCACAGAGCAACCCUCAACAAAAUCAAAAGCACUGAGAUAAUACAGAGUAUCUUCUCAGACCACAGUGCCAUCAAAGUAGAAAUUAACAACAGGAAGAGCAAGGAAAAAAAUCAAAUACAUGGAAACCAAAUAACGCCCUCCUUAAAAAUCACUGGGUAACGGAAGAAAUCAAAGAUGGAAUAAAAAUAUUCCUAGAAUCAAAUGAGAAUGAAAACACAUCAUUCCAAAACCUUUGGGACACAGCAAAGGCAGUGCUCCGAGUUCAAUUUAUAGCAAUAGAUACACAUCAAAAAAGAAGAGACAAAAUCAAAACUGUAGCUACACAACUCAACAAAUACUGAAGAGAAAAAGAAGCCCGCAGCCACCUGAAAAUGGAAAUAAUAAAGAUCAGAGCAGAAAUAAAUGAAAUAGAGAAUAAUAAUAAAAAAAAAAAAAUAGAA